AGCGGGCGUCGCGGAUCCAGUGUGAGGGAGCGGACGCGUGUGGUACGGAGUGCUGGGAUUAUCCUGUGCUGAGGUGUCGGCUUGCCAGGUCACCACCAUAGGUGGUGUUUUCUCAACUUCUCGCCGCGAUCUUCGCUCCGGUCUUGUCCCCGGCUGCCCGCCGACUUCCCGUCGCUACCGCUUGAUAUGCGCCUGGUCCAGAACAUGUCGACGAUUCAGGAAUUUGGACCUGCGGAAUAUACCCCUAGCAACCGGGUGAUCAAGAUCGCAGUCAUCGGCGGCAGCGCUGUGGGCAAAACUGCUUUGGUGGUGCGGUUUUUAACCCGGAGGUUUAUUGGCGACUAUGAAAGAAAUGCAGGUACAUUAUACUCCAGACAAGUACAAGUAGAUCGAGAGCAACUUGCACUUCAAGUUCAAGACACACCAGGUGUUCAGAUAAAUGGGCAGAGUCUGAGCUGCAACGAGCUGCUUAACAGAUCCAUACAGUGGGCCGAUGCAAUUGUACUAGUCUAUUCAAUCACAGACUACAAAAGUUAUGAAAUGAUUAGUCACCUUCAUCAGCAUGUCUGCCGUGUACAUCCAGAAAACAGAGUUCCUGUCAUAAUUGUUGGAAACAAGGCUGACCUCCUUCAUGCUAAACAAGUGGAACCUCAUCAUGGCCUCCAACUGGCAAACAUACUAGGCUGUACCUUCUAUGAGGUAUCUGCCAGUGAAAACUAUAAUGACGUCUACAAUGCAUUUCAUGUGCUUUGUAAAGAAAUUAGUAAGCAACAAGUGAGCAGCAAUGCUGAAAAAAGAAAAACGUCCAUCAUACCCAGGCCAAAAUCACCAAACAUGCUAGAUCUGCGGCGGCGCUUCAAACAAGCUCUUUCUGCUAAAGUACGAACUGCAACAUCUGUCUGAGGCUGACAGCUAAAGAUCCUGAUAUGAAGUGUUUGGUUGCUUUUUUUGUAAAAUACUGUGACAGAUCAACAUGGGUGUGAAGAUCUGGAAAGCCAAGGCUAUACCAUAAACUGAAUGACCUAGCCAGAACAGACUGCCCAUUUAAUCAUUCCCUCAGAUCUUGAAAAUGGGUACUUCAGUGAUCACUGCUAUUCUCUUGAACAUGGAGGGACCAGACCAGAAGUAUCUGAAGUUGACUUCUGCGCUCCCUAUUGGGAGCCGUGUAGGUUUUUAUUUUGCAGUUUUUGUAGUGAUUUUUGUAAAAUAUGCAGUGAUGCAUGGCCCAGAUGGGACAGAGUGAUUUCAAAUUGGAGUCUUUGUUAAUUCCUGUAAGCAAAAAAUAGAUCAGUUUGACUGCUUGGUAGCA